AAAAAAAAAACUUGUUUUUUUUUUUUUUUUUUUUUUUUUAAUCUCUCAACACAGAACGCAUGAAAAGGCUUUCCAAAUAGAACUGCCCACUUUUUGCUGCAUACCCCACUACAGCUGCAAACCAAAGCAGUGUGUGAACUUUGCAGGGAUCUGUGCAUACUCGUGGUACUCUGAGCAGUCUUCAUAAUGACUGGUCAGUUCUUGGAAGAGAUGGUGGACACCAGCUUUGCAGAAGAAGUAGAGUGCAAGAUCUGUUACAAUUUCUACAACCUGAGGGACAGGAGGCCUAAGGUCUUGGAGUGCUGUCAUCGGAUGUGCAGCAAGUGUGUGUACAAGAUCAUCGACCUCGGGGAAUCCCCACAGAAUGCCAUCAUCUGCCCUUUUUGUCGAUAUGAGACUAGUCUGCCAGAUGAAGCAGUGGAUAACCUUCCUGACGACCACAACAUUGUGGCCAACCUGAGCCUUGGGGUGAGGACCAAGAGGUAUUUGCAAGAGAACUCGGCUGAACUGCUGCUCAGCUCAAAGAGACUGACCUCCUUUGUGAACCCUUCACACAGCUCUUCAAACUGCCUGGUCAUUACCAUCAUGGAGGUCCAAAGGGAGUCCCCUCCAUCUCAGGGCUCAACUGCCCCUGCUGUGGAAGUUUACAGACCCUCUAGUUCUGACUCCCUUGCUUCGAUGUCUCGCCGCUGGACAGUGUGGAAUUGCACUUCUUUGCUCUGCCAGACAUUGGCACAGAUACUCGUUUGGUUGCUGGGUCUGUUAUACUUCACCUCCUUGCCUCUUGGGAUCUAUCUGUUGGUCAUUCAGAAAGUAACUUUAGGGGUUAUAUUUGUCAGUUUGGUUCCAUCUAGCCUUGUCAUAGUCAUGGUAUAUGGGUUCUGUCAAUGCUUGUUUCAUGAAUUUCUGGACUGUAUAUCUUCAUGAUAAAUAAUACACUGGGGUCUAUUGUUAUGGUGUAAACAGAGAUGGGGCUAAAUAUUGCCACUCUAUAGUAUAUUAAGCCAUCUUCUAAAGUACAUAGUGUUUUAGUUUUAGUAGUUUUACAAGUUGUUGGGAGAUCAGUUGCUGUUUUGUGUUUUAUAUAAAUGAUUCAGGGUUGGAAAUAAAGACUCCUAUUGCAUAUCAGUUUCACCCCUUCCAGGUUUUAAUACCUGCUUGAUUAGCCAGAGUGUAUAGGUACCAAGAUCAGGUGUGUCUUAUUAAACUCAUAGUAAAACCAGGAAUGGAUCAAACUGCUAUGCAAUGGGAGUCUUAUUUCCAUCCUUGUAAAUGUAUAGCAAAUUACAGGGGAAAUUUACCUUGGUAAACCUUGAGGUAGGGCCUUUAAGACAAAAUUGCAUUUAUUUUAUUUUUAGAAAUAAAUUGUGAAAAUAAAUAAAUAUGUUUCAUGUAAAUGUAUUUAAACAGUGAGACAUAACUAAGCAGAAUGACUUUGAAGGGAAUACAUUUACACAAGACAGCCUUAUUCAAGUAUCAUACAGGAUACAGAACCCUAUUAUUGUUGCAAGGUGCUGCAGCCUGUUUUCCCGGAUAAGCAAAGUGAGAUUUAAAGUUUAGAUGUGGUCCCUUUUUUAUAAUAUUUAUUUGGACCACCAUCACAAAGUGCUUCACAGAGGUAGGCUGUGAACUGUGCAUUGUAAGCAGAGUCACUUACAAUAGGGAGUUGAUUUAACAUCUCAGUCGCAGGAUGGAGCACAAAAAGGUUAAGUGGCUCAGGGUCACCCAGUGAGUCAAUGAGAGGCAGAGGUGGGUUUUGAACUGGUGACUUUCUGGUUACAAGAGCUGGACUUUAACCACUGGGUUGCAUGUUAUCAUUUGUUAACAUCUGUACACAUAUAUCAGUUAUUAGUUAAAUAUAACUUUAGCAGACAGCAUCUACUUUUUGGUAUUAAAAUGUUUAUUUUUGAUUAUAAUUAUUAAUUUUUUUUAGCUUUAGUGGGCAAAUGGAGAAUUAAUUGUGACUGCUGUCAUGUAAAAACUGAAUGACAUUUCGCUGUAAAAAAAAAAAAAAAAGUAAAAGUAAUUUUAAGCUUCCAGAUUCAUAAUCCAGUGUUUAUGUGGUUUUUGUCAGUAGUGCCUAAUCCACUUGUAUCUAACUUGGAUAGUGUUGUCAAAUUGUACCUUAGCUUGAGUGUGCUCACAAGCAAGCCGAAUGCACACAUUUGUCCAAUAAUUAGCACAGAAGAUAGUAUGCUUCCAAUGAUUCAGAGGCAUGCACAUACUUCCUUCCAAGUUGAAACAAACACCUUAUAUUUUAGGGUCUCCAAGAACUAGUUCACUGGAGCUCAUUGGGCUCCAUUAUGAAGUGAGUUCAAAACGCACAUUUUCUGUGAGAAAUAAAACUGUCGCAAUGGGAGUGAACCAAAAAGAAAGAUUUCCAGGAAGAGCAGUUUGAUUAUUAUAGUUUCCAGCUACUAGCAGAUUUUACUUGAAAGGGACCA